AGAGCCGGCGCAGCAGGCAGCGGGCGCGGGGCUUCUUCUCGGGCUCCCUUCUUCUCCGGCUGCCGCGCCGCAGGGGCCCCCCUCCCGUCUUGGGCGCGCCGAGGAAGUUGGGGUCGGCGCAGGUCGAGAACCGGAGGAGAGGGCAUCUCUGACCGCCCUCCCCCCCUCCCCAGACAAGCCGGGGCUGGAGCCGGGGGUCGUCUGCCGGCCAGGGUCCGAGGAGCGCGAGUCGCAGCCGGGACGAUGCGCCCCCCGCCCGGGCUGCUGCUGCUGCUGUGCCUGGCGCUGAGUCCGCUGGAAGCAGGGGCCUUCGUCGUGCACCUGGAGGUGGACUGCCCGCUCUCCGCCAGCGGCCGGGCCCCCUGGGCCAACUACACCCUGGCCUUCAACAAGGUCCCCUUCGUCUGCUACGACAACGGCUUCCAGGGCUUCCUGCCCUGCGGCCUCGGAGCGUCCUUCCCCUGGAACUACACGUCCGUCCCGAUCUGCCAGUACCUCAACAGCCGGGCCCCCAAGCCGGGGCAGCUGGUGGAAGCCUGCCAGCAGCAGAUCCAGCCGCUGUGGGGCCGGACCGGGGACAGGCGGACACCCCCAAAGGUCCGCAUUUUGCCCGUCACCCCUCAGAACACCCCAUUUCCCAUCAUGCUGGCCUGCGUCGCGUGGGGCUUCUACCCCAGUGAGGUGGACAUCACCUGGCUGUGGAAUGGGCAGGCUGUGACCCACGGCGUGGGCCCGCUUGUGGUCUCCAGCAACGGCGACUGGACGUACCAGGCUCGGCGGACGCUGCCGGUCGACCCCCAGCGCGGAGGGACCUACACCUGCCGCGUGACCCACGCCAGCCUUCCUGGACAACUCACCACGGACUGGGUGCCCGGCCUGUCUGUGGAGAAGAGGCUGAAAGCGGGGGUCUCCUCGGCUGUGCUGGCCCUGGGCAUCUUGGUCUUCGCUAUAGGUGUCACCUGCUUUAGGAAGAGAGUGUCAGGAGGUUACCUUCCUCUCGAUGGCAGCAACUACCCUGAAGGUCGCUAGCUGCACAGCUCCCCCCAGACCCUCUGCGCCAUCUGCUGCUCCUCCUACCCUAGAGAGGCCCAAAGUCUGCGACCGUCUUUGCCCACCGAAAGACCACCUCGUGGACCUCACCACAGCCUCAGAGCUGGAACCGCCGGCGGAGUAUCAAGGCUUCCACAUCCUAGCAGCAGAUGGUGGGCCGGAAGGACCCAUCCCAAAUGCCCACACCCGUCUUGGGGGGCCCUCUCCUUGAUUCUGCCCCUCACCCCCCCUCGCUGAGUCCCAUUUUUACCCCCACCGUCCUCAUCCUCCUUUUCCAGAGGUCCCAGUAACUGCACCAAACCUCUUUCAGUUUUGAUCAUGGUGGCGCUUGCAAAAAUAAACACUCAGACAUCUCUUGGACACA